GCCUCUUAUAACGGCUUCGUGUCCAUCGAGAUUUUCACAACACCCAAAACUCCUCAUCAUCGUCAUAAAUCAAAAAAACGAACACAAAACCCCUCUCUCUCUCUCUCUCUCUCUCUCUCAAAAUUUAAAUCUCAUUUCUUUAAGAUCGAAAUCUUGAUUUGGAUUUUUUUCCGGCCAUCGGAUCGGCGAUUGGUCGGAAUCUGAGCGGAAAACGACGUAGUUUUGGGAGAUUUAGGGUUUCGAGUUUCCGUGGCAUUUGGGGGGGAGGGGAGAAACGAUGAACGAUAAGUCACAGUUGAUGAAUCAGCCCCCGCCGCCGAUGAUGAGUCUGAGCCAAGCUCAAGCCAUGAGCCAGCCGCCGCCGAUGAUGGCUCAGCCGCCGCCGCCGCAGAUGAUGGCUCCGUCUUCUCAAGCCAUGGCUGCUGCUGUUCAGCAGCAACAGAUGAUGAUGAACAGUCAAUCUCAGCCGUUGAUGAUGAACCGGAGCUACAAGGCUUGGCCGCCGCAGCAGCAGCAGCAGCAGCAACAGUUCGUCGCCGCCCAGAAGCCGCCGCAGUCGAAUCUGGGAAGGAAUAAUUGGAAGGGUAAGAAGGGAAAUGACAAGCGGAGAAUGGAGAAAAACGUUCCCAAUUUGCCCCUGAGCGGUGGCCAGAGCAGUAGCGGAGGAGGGUAUAAUAUUCCCAAUUUGCCCCUGAGUGGUGGCCAGAGCAGCGGAGGAGGAGGAGGAGGAGGAGGGUAUAUACCUCCGACGCUAAACGAGUUACAGUCACAGAAUCGAAUGAAAGCUCGGAAAUUUUACCCCAAAAAGAAGUUUAACAAUAGGUUUGCGCCUUACGCCCCAAGGAACACGACGUCGUUUAUCAUUAGAGCUAAGAAGUCCGGUGGGAUUGCCUCGCUGGUUUCGCCUUGUCCGGUGACCCCUGCCGUGCUCCCCACGCCCAUUUUCUCGCCGUCGAGGGAGGUUUUGGGGGACACGGCGAAGGAGGAGUGGGGUGUGGAUGGGUAUGGGUCGAUGAAAGGGUUGAUUCGGCUUCGGUCUCCCGGGAAUGAUGAUGAUGAGGAGGGAGGGGGUGGGUCGAGUGAGAGUGAUGUGGAGGAGCAUGUGGAGGUGGAGAGGAGGUUGGACCAUGAUUUGAGCCGGUUCGAGAUGAUAUACCCGAAUUACAGUGGGGUUGAGUAUAAUAAUGUGCUGGAGAAUAGAGUGGAUGAUCAGGAUACACACAUUGCUCAGUUGGAGGAAGAGAAUUUGACUUUGAAGGAGAGGCUGUUCUUGAUGGAGAGGGAGUUGGGGGACUUGAGGAGGAGGAUGUUGUUUCUUGAGAGGAGGCACCAUGUGAUGGAGGAGGUUAAUGAGGAGGUUGUGGAGAACGGGUCGGAGAACGAUAGUGAUGGAGGGUCGGAUGUGCCCCAUAUGGGCAUAGGGGGAGAGAGCAACAUUGAGGUGGUAGAUUAUGUGUCCAGAAACGGUGGGGUUAGGGAUGUUUCGCUGGAAGAAUAUGUGCAUGGUGAAAUGAAUUUAAAGGAAAAUGAGGUCAAAGAUGAAGUGAGAAAUGAGGUUGUAGGUAAUGAAGAGAUUGAACGUAAGAACGAGGGAAGAAGGAAUGACCUUGUAGGUGAUGGGGUCGUUUCAGAGAAGGUUGAGGAAGUGAGGAAUGAGUUUAUAAUGAACAAAGUAAUUGCAAAUAAAACUGAGCUGGUGAGUAGUGAAGUUGAGACAAAGAAUGAGAAUGAGUUUAUGCAGGGUCAGGUGAACAUAGAGAAGGCUGAAGACAUGGUAAUUGCCUGCCAUGAGAAGAAUGAAACUAAAGUUAUGAGAAAUGAAGUUGAGACCAAGCUUGAAAAUGAGUUGAUGCGCGGUCAGAUGAAUGCAGAGAAGGAUGAAGAAAUGGGAACUUCAUGUACAGAGAAUAUUAAGACCGAGGGUCAGGUGAAGAAUGAAGUUGAGACGAAGAAUGAGAGUGAGUUGAUGCAGUGUCAGACGAAUGCACAGAGGGAUGAAGAAAUGGGAAUUGCCAGCACAGAGAAGAGCAUUGGCGUCGGUGACUAAUCUGUCCCGCGUUAAUUUUGAGCUAGCCCAUACUGAAGGUAUAAGCAGUUAAGACUGUUUUCUCCAUCGUCAAGAAGUCCAAAGGAAGUCCAAAGAUUGAGAAGAGACCAGUACUUGUUUUGGACUUUAUCACUGAGCAGACAUGUUUAUCGUAUGAGGAAGCUGCUUCAUCCGCUCUAUCUGUGAUCUUCCAAUCUUUGUUUUGCUGCAUGGACUCCUUCACUACAGACUCAACCUUGUGGCUGUGGGUAAGAACGAGGAUAAUGCUGCAUUUAGGUUUCUCUUUUUGACUUGAUGUUUCUUGAAUAGACUGCCUCCAUGACUUACACAUUGAAACAUGCUUUUCGAGUCAGGUUCCAGGUUGUAAUAAGAUGGCUGUUACAAUCAAGGCUGCUCAGCUUUUGGUAUGCUGAAUUUUCCAGGACAAACGUGACACGGGUAGCUUUGUGAAAGGUGCAUGAUAUUGCUGCAUCAUUACUAUUGUUGGUGAGAACUUGAAACUGUAAGCGGAAUUCAGGACGCAUGUGUUUUAUUGCUUUGCAAAGCAGCUUUGAAUUGCUUUUGAGCUUGUGGUUUUGGUUUAAGGUCCUUGGAGAGUGGCUCUUCCAGCAUCGGCUUUUAUAUGUGAAUGAAGCUUCAAGUAAUAACUUUGAAUCUUCAAGUCGCUUUGCUCGAUUUCUUCCUGAUGAAGUCGGGGUUGCUCAAUUUAUCAAACUCAUUAAUAGCCAAAUCCAAAUCUAAAUCUGUAUCCGGUAGAAUAAUGAACAUCUGUCAAAUUUUAUCAAAAUCUAUAAUAAUUAGUUAAUUAUAAUUA